CUCUGAACGUGAGGACGUUCUGCGACGCUCCCGAGAGACACGUACAUACAUAUAUAUAUAUACACGUAUAUGUAUAGAUAUACAUAUACAUAUAUACACACGAAAAGAGAGAAGAGAGAGAGAGAGAGAGAUAUACAAAGAAGAUAGAGAAACUACGACACAUCGACGAGUACGAGAAAUACGAGAGCAUCGUUGUAUUACAUUCGAAAAACAUACCCUUGUGAAUUGUCGGUUACUUCUUGUUUGUGGUUUUUUUUUUUUCUUUGGUUGUUACUUGCGAACAUCUUUCGUUAUCGCAUCCUCGUGUCUGUACGAACGUAAAUAUACACACGGACACUCGAUCGUACACGUAUACAGAUAUAUGCGAAGAGACGCAGAAGGUGUACGGAACAGAGGAUUUUGACCGAUUGCAGAGCGCUGCUUCGCGAAAUAUUACGCGUACAAUCGGCGAUAUUAAUUUAUAGUGCUGAUCGGUUUUUAAUAUUUUUCACCUUUGAAAAGUGUCGAUUGAAAUAUAUUAUUACCGUGAAGGUGUGCUUGUUUGACUUUGAAACUGAAGAACAAAGUGAGUCGCGUUUCGAUUGAUACGUAAUUACGACCGUUCACGUGGACGAAACGCGAGGAUGACGCGUGCGACCGAAUUCAGGGUGCAAGGCUUCUGAGACUACGAAUGCAAGUGCUGGAGGAGUAUUUUCUUAUCGAGAUAAACGUACGUUAAGUACUUUGUAUGUAUAUUGUAUAUAAUUGUGUUGAUUACAUUUUAAAAGUGACGAGACGGUGAUACGUUGAAGAAAAUUGAACAAAAAAAAACAAACUAUGACAAAUUGAAAGAUAUUUUGUUUGACGGUUGUUUGUUCGUUGUGAUAAUCGAGAAAUAAUAUAACCGCGUAACUUGAUGGAUGCGGAAAAAAAGUGCGGGAGGUAAAAUCGCAUCGAAUCGCCGAUUAAAUUUUUCAACUUUUUUUUCUAAUCAAACUUUGUCGAAAGUGAAAAACAAUUCGAAGGAAUAAUUCGAUGAUAAUAACAGCAGCGACGGAUAUUCGGAGUCAAGAAAAGGAAGCCCCUCAAUUUUAAAAAACCGAGCUCACGUCGCGGGCUCAAAAACUGGCGCAACAAUUGUGUGAGGCACGCCGGUUUAAAACCAUGUGCUAAGACGGCUGACGUUUGUUUUGCUCCUGACACGAGAGAGACGGACGUACAGAGAGGAAGAGAGAGAGAGAGAGAGAGACAGAGAGGGAGAUAUAUAUAUAUAUAUAUAUACAGAAAGAGAGGAACGGGGAGAUCAACAAAAAGAGAAAGAGAAAAAGAGGGAGAGAGAGAGAGAGAGAAGCGAGGCACGCGAAGCCGCGAUUGGCUCUGAGCUAGAAUUACGCGCAGCACGGUUUAUCAAAUUAUAACGAUUUGAAAAAUGUCCGCGAAACGGAAGGCGACAGCUAUAAUGCAGCAUCAUAAGGAGAAUAUUUCCACCCCAGAACCAUCAGACAUCUCCGAGGAUGACCAUUACUCGAGCGCGCUCAUGAAAGACGCGGACAAGCUGAAGCUGAUGCUGCUCGCGUGGAAUUAUAAUCUCCAACAACAGGCGCAGGCACAGGCGGCAACGGCUGCCCUAUCGCCAAAUAACUCUUCAACAACGACUGCCUCCACAAUUGGCUGUCCCACAACAGUCACCAGCCAAUCGGUCAUUUCCACGGCAAACAACACGAUUAACAACUCCACACUUACAGAUUCUCGAAAUGGCGGCUGUGAGAUUGGUGAGUUGGGGUCGGGGACCGUGCCAAGCCUCGGAUCGGUCGCCGGAGUCGGGGGCGAGGACAUGGCCUCUCUCUGGGCCUCGUACGCGAUGGGAUUGAAGAAGACGCCGCCGCCAGCGCCGUCAGCGACGCUCUCGCGCCUCGACCGCGACCGAGAAUCGAGCCCCGCUGGGGGUGAGGGUACCGGGAGUGCUCACGACGAGACCAGCAGCAGUGGAAACAAGGAGGACGAGGACGACGACGACGAGGACGGCGACGAGAGGCUAGACCCCAGACAUCACGAUCCGGAGCGUCUCAAAGCGUUCAACAUGUUCGUGCGACUAUUCGUCGACGAGAACCUGGACCGUAUAGUACCGAUCUCCAAACAGCCAAAGGAGAAGAUUCAGGCCAUCAUCGACAGCUGCACCAGGCAGUUUCCAGAGUUCGCUGAAAGGGCGCGCAAAAGGAUCAGGACCUACCUAAAGAGUUGUAGGCGUAACAAACGAGGCCGAGAGGGUGCGCCCUGGGAUCCCGCUCGACCGACACCAGCCCAUCUGACUUCAGUACAGGCGGAACAGAUAUUGGCAACUGCCUGCGAGAAUGAAAGCGACAACGCUAAACGGAUGAGAGUCGGAUUGGAGCCAGUUUCUCAACCUAUGCCUACGCUGCCCGCAGCUACGCAAACCGACGUCCGUGCCAGUCUGGACCAUUUCUCGAGCACGCCGGUCAAGUCGCUACCCGGUAAACGAGAAGACACGCCGCCGGCACCGUUGACAUCCUUGGCGCCGCUCACCAGUCUAGCCAACCUGCCAAACAGCACCGCGUCGACACCCUUGUCUCUCACACCCGCGUCGAAGCUCCUCAAUCCCCCGGAAAACAAGGGCCUCAUGAGCCAAGCAACAAUAGUCAGUUCGUCGGUGGUGAACGGAGUCGCGAGUGGAGGUGCACCGACGGCAAUGUACAGGCCUAAUUUCACUCAGGCCUUCCAACGUACUGGCCCAACGACAGUUCCACCAACCCUUUCGGCGGGCCUUUAUCCCACUCAGAGCUUCACCUCGGGGCUCCUCAGCAACGGUACACCAAGACCAACAGACUUGAGUAUGAAGAAUACCAAACCAUUGCUUAGCCACAAACUGAACGCUACGGAAAUGACCGCAGUGAGACAGCUGAUAACAGGAUAUCGAGAAUCGGCAGCGUUCCUCCUGAGAUCUGCGGACGAAUUAGAACAACUGUUACUCCAGCAGCCCUAGAACUACAUCAUUCACGUAGCGUCAAUGCGACAGCUAGGUUUGCUACCGGAGCAUCCCUGAAAUUACGUUGUAUUACGUCAAGACGGACCGCUAUGCAGCACAGACACGAUGAGCGCGAUUAGUGGCUAAACACGGUACAUGCGACCACGAGAAUUCCUCGGGAUACUCUUUUUUUUUUUUUUUUGUAUAUUCUUUUACUUUAACCCAUUUGGUGGCAAUUAAUUUUUUCGGACAAGUAUAUGCGUAAUGCUACGCCGCUGAAACCGUAAAGGAAAUCUGGCAAGAAAGAGAGGGCGAGUGGGAUCGAAAGUGAAUAAAACGAUGCUACUAAUUUGGAACUUGAGAGUACGGGUAACCAGCAAUAAGGAACCCCAUAGAAUCCUUACGGGAAUUGGCUGAAAUUUUAUUGCUCUGUAGUAUAUACCCUACCGAUCAAAAGUUUUCUCGAGCAGAAGAGUCAAAAGUCAGUAGUUUCCAAAAUACAGGCCUCGGAAGGGGGGCGCGCGGAUUUUUCGUUAUCUCUGGAUUAUACGAUUUAUACGAAUUACAAAGCUUCAAGGGGGACUUGAAAUCAAAAGUAUUACUCAAAAACACACGUGUGAAAAAUAGGACAAGUCGAUUAUUGCAAGAGUCGGAGGGUCAGGUUUUUCACGCGAAAUCUGACGUUGCACCUCCUUUCAGUAAACCAACGAGUUCAUUGAUGGAAUCAAUCGCAGCUUCCUGCCUAUCUUCGAGAAUCGACCGUGCGGUUUUUUGAGUGUUUUGUUUUAUUUCAAGUUCCCUCGAAGCUUUGUAAUUCAUCAAAAUCGCGGAAUACAGAGAUAUCAAAAAAUCCGCGCGCUACCCUUCUGAGGCCUGUAUCUCGGAAACUACUCAGUUUUGACACUUUUGACCUAGAGGGUAUGUAGUACAAUAUACUAAAAUUUUAACCAAUUCGACAGAGAGCCAAUUCCCAUAAGGGUUCUGCGGGGUCCUUUGCGGUCGGUGUUCGAAUCGGAAACAAGAAAGCCUUGUAAUCUCGGCUGAUUUUACAGAACCUUGGUUGAAAUAAAACAUUUUAUUAUUCCUUUACGUUGCUCUGUUUCUUCGGGAAAAACCUGUUAGUUUUAUUUCGACAAAGAAAGGGGUAGAUAACGGGCCGGUGAUAAAAGGCGCUCGUCAAGGAAUUCAUUUCACUUUCAUGGCAACAAGAGUAUUCUUUCGCAAAUAAGGGUUUUUAUCGAUCUUCGUUAAUCGCAAGACACAGUGAUGGGACAUUUUAGUUCUUAUAUACAUUCAUUUACAUUUGGCUGUUUAUUUAUGAACCAAGAUGAAAGGGAGUGGUAAGGCAAGCUGGCGGGGGGAAAAAAAACAAAAGAAAUAGAGGAACAUAAAGAACUGCCGAUGAGUUGAACGGUUGUAAAUAUUACCGCCUCUGCAAAACGGUUGUGUAAUUUUGUGCAACUGGGUUGUAUAUUCUAUAACAAUUUUUCAUUUUACGAUGGUAAAGUUUUUCUCUUAUUACCGUAUAACUCGCUGUACGUGAUUGGUGAAAAUAUUUGAGGAAAGAAAUGCCUAGAUCCUCGUUCCCCCCCAAAUUGAAUCUAUCUACCUGCAUCGAGAAUUAAUUCAUUAUUAUUAUUAUUUUUUUUAUUAUCGAUAUUAUUAUUGCAACUAUUAUUAUUGUAAUAAUUAUAUUACUAUUAUAAAAUUGUUGUAAAUUUGUUUACAAGCGUAAUAUAGAUUAGCAUACUAAGGACAAUUAUAUAUGUCAUGUAUAUGAUAAUUUACUAAAAUUAAAUAAAAGAGUUCCGCGCAUAAGGUAGAAAUUAUUAUAUUAUAUAAUAUUGCAAAUGAUAUUAUCGAAGAAUAUAUUAGUAUGAAAUCAUAAGAAUUACUAUCAUUAUUAUUGCUAUUAUUAUUAUUAUUAUUAUUAUUAUUAUUAUUAUUAUUAUUAUUAUUAUUAAUAUCAUUAUUUUCAAUAUUAUUAGCGAUUGAUUAAGAAAACUAUCAAAACAGGGUGUAUAUAAAGAGGAAUUAUGAAUAUUUACUUAAUUAAUAAGUUAAGAAGGAAAACGUGAAAAAGAGGUCGAAUGAAAGAGAGGUAGAGUAAGAGAGAAACGAGAGAGUGUAAGAAUGUAAGAAAGAAAAAAACGAGAGAGUGAGGCGAAUCAUACAAAAUUAUUAAUGUUCGAAAGUACUAGUAUUUUUCAAAACGAUUCUAAGGAACUAUAAUAAUAGAUUAACUGUAGAAAUGGUGAAAUAACGAAUUAUCGAAUGUAAAGGUUUAUUUACUGAAUGAAAGUAACGUGUCUGAAUUUAUUUGCGCGCGGUGCAACGUGAAAUCCGAGGAAAUGUGUUUCACACGAUACGUAUUUGAGAAAAAAGAUUAAGAUCGCGCGGCGAAAAUUGUAACUAUCGUCAUUUCAUUCGUUUAUUAAGAAAUUUCCGAUUACUACGAAAUUGUUUUUAAUUGAGAUAUAUACUAGCGUAAGUGCACAUAUUUGUCGAGAAAAAAAGAUUGAGAGCGAAGUGAAAGGUACAGCGAAGUCGAAGGAAUAUGAAUCUUCGUUCGAAGCGACGGGCGUACGAAUUCUGUAUUUGAGCUAUACAUGCAUAUGUAUAUGAAUUGCAUACAUAUAAAUACAAGAAAGAAAAUAUAUGAUAGCAUUAUGUAUAUUAUAUGUAUAUAUGCAUGUAUGUAUGUAAGCUUUGGUUGCCAGAUUCUGACCUUCUCUCGAACGGGAAACGUUUUAAACGAGGAUGUACGCAAUCCGACAACCCAAGUAUAUUCAUAUGUAUAUGGGCUCACCGCAACAGAAAAACAAAGACAAGAGAAGAGAAAAAAGAAAAGACGAACAUUCAAGUACAUGUUAGACAGGCUGGCUGAAAUUCGGUAAUCUAUGAGAUGAAAUUAACUGCAAUGUUUCCGAGUCACAUUGUACAUAGAAUAUAGCUAACAAUAAGAUAAAGAUUACGAUUAUUAUUAUUAUUAUUAUUAUUAUUAUUAUUAUUUUUAUUAUCAUUAACACUAUGAUUAUUAUGUAGAUUUUGUAGUGCCACGAUGUGUAAAAAAAACGGUUUCCUUACUCGACGAAACGCUCCAUUGUAAACCAAAAUAAAUAUGAGUGAGAAGUCGCACAGAUGAGAAUAAAAGAUUAUAUAAUACGUGUGUCUAAGAGUAAAUGAAAACAGUGGAAAUGUUUCGUCAUGACCGGAUUGUGUAGAGUCUUCAAUGUAGCAUCACCAAGUUACCAAAGAAUAAUAAUUAUAUAGACUUGAUCGUCAAUUGUCCCAUUACAGCUUCUUUGAAUCUCUUAGUAUUCGCCGACUUUCUUCUUUUACACACUUCGAUGUUAUACAUACCUAUAAUAUUAUAUAAUACGUACGUCUUUACAGCUGAGUUUUUUAUCUUUGGAUUUUUUUUCACCCCGAACAUAUUAAGGAUGAUGAAUGGUGCUCUGAAACCGAGUAAAAAAUAUAAUUACAUAAACGAACGGUCUGGGAAGAUUGGAAGAGAAAAAAAAAAUAUAUAAAUAAAUUAUAAACACCAUCGCACCGACACUUAAUGUAAAAAAAAAAACAUCGACCCACACUGCAAUUAUUAUUUUUUUUUCCAUAAAAUUUGCAUAUUAGUUUUAUGAUAUACUGACUUUUUUUGUAAAUAGAUUAUGUCUUAAAGUAUACAUACAUGCGUACGUACGCAUGUAUAUAUAUAUAUAUAUAUAUUUCUAUCAAAUAUAUGUUGCUUACUGAAUGAAAAAAUAUAUAAAUAUACACAUACAUAUUUGAUUAUAAAUUUUCGCCACAGAGGACAUACCACAUUCCAUCUUUGGAAAGAAGCGAUGAGAUUUCCAAAAUAUUUCGAAAAUUAACUUUGAUUCUGUUCAGACGCUCUGUUAUUAUUAUUGUUUUUCUUUUCACCUUUUCGUUCAAAAACUAUGAACUCUGCUCUCACCUAAUUGAGAAACAGACAGUAUCGAUUUAAUAUUUGUACGUAUUUCUUUUCGAUAAUCAAUUACAAAAAAAUAUACCACACUCGACAUGCAAUUCCAUCAACUUUCAGUGAUCGAUCAUUAAGAAAUUUCAUAAGCACUGUCUAAUCGCCAAUCUUGACACGUAAUAAGUAAUACACCCUGCACAGCUAAAUCUCUUUGGUACGCAAGAUUCGGACCGACUAUAAAGAAUGGAUCAUACGCUCUAAAAUUCAAUUUUUAUUCUACAUUACGAAUACCUACAUCUUCAUAUUGUUAUUGAUUGGCUUGCUUAAAAGCACAACACAGAUAGAGAUGGGCUUUGAAUUCCCCUGAACGAUGUUAGUUUCUCAUGUCUGGGCUGAUGAAUUUUGUUUUAUUUGUGGAAAUAAUUACUUGUAUUAUUAUUAUUAUUAUUAUUAUUAUUAUUACUAUUUUAAUUGUUUUAAUUAUUAGCGUUAUUAUCGUUAUAAUUAUUGCUGUUAUUAUUAUUAUGUUCCACAAGUCAUAUACCUUCGAUUAAAUGAGAUCCGUCGUACAUUGAGAUUUCAAUGGAAAAAGAAGUGCUAAUCCAAAAGUAAAUAUUGUUAAAUGUGCAUGCUACGCUAUUAUAAUGAAUGAAAAUAUAAAGAAGAGCGAUGGGAAUUGGAAAAAAUUAUGAAAUUCAAAGUCCACUCUGGAUUGCUGACACUUUUCUUACCAUCCGAUGAGAAUUGUAACAUAAGUAUACACAAUGAUACCUAAUAAUAAUGAUAAAAAAAAUAAUAUAAAAUACAAAAACAAAAAAUAAAAAAAAUAAAAAAAAAAAAAAAAACGCGAAAGAAGUACAUUCUACCUAAUAACUAUAAUGCUUUUCAUCAAGUUUACCAACAGCCUCGACUAGUAACAUACACUUAAUUAAGCAUAAAAGAAAUAUGAUAUAGAAUUGCACGACGUUUGUACGGACUCGGCGGCAACUAAAGAUUUCGGUGCAAUCCGACCGAUUUCUUUGCAAGUGAAAUUAUUUAUAUAUUUUCUGUUCAUUUCAAUUUUCUCCUACCGCUCCUCAUGGUAUUUGAGUAUAUGAAUAUAAUACUUGCGAAUUGAUGUAUAUUAAUAAUGAAAAUAAAAUAAGGAUAAAGGUAAAUGAAUAAAAAUAAACGUUGAUAAUUGAAAAGAGUAAAAAAAAAAAAAAAAAAAUGUAUUCGUUCCUGAGAAAUAAUAAUAAUGGUAAUGAUAAUUCGAUGGUACGUUAUAUAAAUAUUAAUAUUGUAAUAUUAUAAUUAUUAUUAUUAUAAAGUUGGUACGGUCUUUGACGAUGCCUUGCCUGUAAAUGUAACAAAAACGUUGAAUGGAGAAAAAAAACCUACAAAAUGAAUUUAAAAAAACCUCUUACUACCUUGUAAAUGUUUUACCAAAUAUAAUCAACUAUUCAACUUAUAAA